AUGGCGCGAAUCUCUGUCCCCACCACAGCCCGCCUCCCUUCAACCUUGCGACUCGACGCUUCCAGCUCUACGGUCUUGAAGCAUCUCAACCGGUUGAACCGGCCGUCUCUGCUCGCCCUCGUGCUUGACUGGCUCGACGACAACAAUGCCGCCAUCUGUGCGCCCUUCCUCCGCACUGAUGAUGACGAUGAUGAUCCCGCCGACCUCUAUCCCCCGGUGUCCUCCAUCGGCGAACUUCGAGACCUCUACUCCGACAUGCAAACCCGCAAAGGCUCGAAGCGCGAAGUCGUCGAUCGCAUAGUAGAAGGCGACUGGCGCCAUGGCCUGACUCUUUACCAAGUCUCAAUGGCGGACCUGCAACACCUCUACCAGAACUCAACUUCCCAAAAAUGGAGUGCAUACCAAGUCAUUCCUCUAAAGACACCCACGCCCCAACAGGCUGCAGAAGAUGAUGGUCCGCCGAAAAUCGACACCACGUCCCUGGCUGUGCCGCGAUUCCACCCGUCUACGUUCCUGCAGAACCUUCAAGCCCAGGUGCUACCCGAUGUGAAGGUGCACUACAGUUUUGACCGCCCUAAGGAUAUGGCCCUCCUCCUACUGCGCAUCUUCAUCCUCGAUUCGCCGUACAAUACUAAGCUAGCGACAUCGGCUUCUGAUGGUGACGCCAGCCGGACAAUAUACGUGGCUUUCCCUGACGGCAGCCCAUGCAUAUAUAUCAGCAAGCCACAGAGCAUCGGUCCCGCUGCCAGCAGUGAGACGAAGAGUCUGCACACCCUCGUCAUUGAAGGAAUACCCAAGGCGUUGUCGCGGCCCAGGCAGAGAUAUACACUAAAGCCCACGGCCUUGAGCACAAGACAUAUCCAAGAGCUGCUGCACAGACGAGGACCAGGCAGGACGAACUCGGCUGGUGGUGGCUGGAGUAUUUACGCGGACGAGAAGAAGAAAGAGUCACCCUUGGGAACACUGCUCCCCUCGCCGCCGCUCAGCGAGGAGGAUGACAGUGGCUCUACGAAGAAGUCGGAGCAUGGGCAAGCAUCUAAAAAUCGAGCUGUUUCUCCCGAUACAGAACAGCAUGAGCGCAGGGUCAAGCGCGCGAGGCUGGUUGCACGGGCGAGAUUUGGCGAUUCGGCAAGAAUUGACGAUGGCAGGGGCGUAGAAAGGGUCGACAUUGUGAUCGACGACCCGUUCCAUGUGAAAACAGAUCCUAUGCACGAUGACGGGGAAGCCCCUGGAGGGGAAUCAGAUUCUCCACAAAGCCGUCCCAACGACAAUUCUGUCCGCAGAAGUACGAUGGACGUGGCGUUUAACCGGGCUCGCGAGCAGGACGACGAAGGCGGAGGUAGUGCUGACCUUGACGGCGACGACGAAACGUGGCGUCCGAGUGUCAAACUGACUUUCCAUGGGCCACACGUGUUUGCUGGGGUGCGACAGCUCGUCGAGGCUGGUAUCAUCGAUGGGGAAAAGAUGCCGGGGUGGCUGACAGGCGAGGAAGGUGUGACCAUCGGUGCUGUACGGCAUGGCAGAAUCAGGGGCCACAGAGGCUCGGGUAUGUGA